AUGAAUAGAUCGCCACACGUUAACCCGGUAGAUUUGAAAUCGGGCUUUGGUGAAGGUGUCGCAAAGCUGUUUGCCGAAGAAGGCGCCAAAGUCCUUCUAGCAGAUAUCAACGCCACGGGUGGCGAACGUGUCACCGCUGAGAUCAUUGCUGCCGGGGGUCAAGCUGAGUUUGUCAAAACCAAUGUCACGAUUGAGACAGAUUGGGAAAACGUGCUCGCCGUAGCUAAGGACAAGUUCGGCGGCCUCGACAUUCUCGUCAAUAAUGCUGGUUGGACGUACCGUCUCAAGGAUUCUUUGACCGUCACCGAAGCUGAAUAUGACCGCAUUUUCGACAUCAAUGUUAAAGGCAUAUUCUAUUCGGUCAACGUUAUCGUACCGCACUUCCUUGCGCAAGGUAGUGGCAAUAUUAUCAAUAUUGGAUCUUGCAUUACUGCUCAGCCCGGUCCUGGUCUUCUCUGGUACGGCGCCACAAAGGGAGCGGUUGAUAUGAUUACACGUUGUCUUGCGGCGGAGUUUUCGGCCAAGGGGAUCCGAGUAAACGGCGUUUCGCCUGCAAUGGGCGAUACGGCUCUAAUGGGUGACUUCCUCGGGAAAGAUCCGACUGAUCAGAUCAGGCAGUCGAAGUCAGCCGAGGCACCCUUGAACAGGCUGUGCACUCCUAUGGAUGUCGCCAAAGCGGCGCUCUACUUUGCCACGCCUUAUUUUAACGACUUCCAAACCGGCAUUCUAAUUCGUGUGGAUGGAGGAAACUACAGCAAACUGCGAAAUCUCUUUGGAUUCAAUGGUGACUUAAAAGGCUGGUAUUAA